GCUGGAGGAGGAGACACGCAUCAUAUAUACCUAACCAACCGUCUUUCUGGAUCACUCUGCUGGUCGGAACCGAUCACGAGGCCCGUGUGUGCAGUGGAUACGCCGGAGCGCUGUGAUUCGUGGACUAAUUGCAGAGCGCUUGCGGGAAUACGAGGAGCAUCUCUGUGCACGAGAGGGAAUAAAUCUCGUUUUCCUGUCCGACUCUACAUAAACUUCGAUUUAGAGGGCAUUUCUUUGGUUCUAAAAGUGAGAGAACGAUAUCAGGAAAGAUGUUACAGACGACAUUAGGGGGUUAGAGGUGCUGAGGUUCAUCCCAUCACUGAAUAUGGAAUAAAUUCCCACGUCUUCUCUUAUUUCGGAAAACAGUGAACGGGAGCGCAUCACGAAAUCUGCUCUUGGAAGCCUUGCUGUGGGGCAUUUUACGUCUCACAUUCAAGGGAGAAAUCAUUCCAUUCACAAGCAAUUGGAUGAGAGUCAUACUUGCCCUUGGCAACUAAAGAUGACGUUACUAUGGAAACGACUUGUGGUGCUAUCAGUCAUUGGCUGCCUUGCAGUCUCAUCAGCACAAGCAGAAGACACAAAGUUUAUUGGUCCAAGCUGGAAAAAGGAACCAGAAGAUCUGAUACUGCCUAUCCAUUCUGCUGAGCAGGAGGCUGUUUUAACCUGUGAGGCAUCAGGAGUCCCUUCCCCUCAGUACAGAUGGUCUCUAAACGGAACGCUCAUUGAUCUUCAUGGUGACGAGAGGCGUCGCCUGUCUGGGGGUAACCUGAUCAUUACUGGCCUGGAUCGGGACCAAGACAGCGGUGUCUACCAGUGCACUGCCUCCAAUGCCCAGGGAACCAUUCUCAGCCAGAGAGCCACACUACAGUUUGCAUAUCUGGAAAACUUCAAAAUGCAGACAAGAAGUGCUGUGAAUGUGAGGGAAGGCCAAGGGGUUGUUUUGCUAUGUGGCACACCUUUGCAUUCUGGAGAGCUCACAUUCACCUGGGUCUUCAGUGAGUACCCUCACUUCGUCCAGCAAGACAGCCGGCGCUUUGUAUCCCAAGAGACGGGGAAUCUCUAUAUAGCUAAAGUGGAACCGUCCGAUGUUGGGAAUUACACCUGUGUGGUUAAUAACACUAUUACCAAGGAGAGGGUGUUCAGUUCGCCAACUCCUUUAGUGCUGAGAAAUGACGGAGUGAUGGGAGAGUACGAGCCCAAAAUAGAGCUUCAUUUCCCCGACACCAUUCCAGCUGCUAAAGGAUCCACACUGAAGCUAGAAUGCUUCGCCCUGGGAAAUCCAGUUCCCAAGAUCAGCUGGAGAAGAACCAGUGACGUUUCAUUCCCAAACAAAGUCAAACUGAAAAAUUCUAACGCCAUUCUGGAGAUUCCGAGUUUUCAACAAGAGGACACAGGGACAUAUGAGUGCAUAGCGGAAAACAGUCGUGGAAAGAAUGCAGCGAGGGGUCGUUUGUCUUUCCAUGCCACGCCUCAUUGGCUGCAGACGAUGACGGACACAUCAUUGUCCAUUGAAGAGAAUCUGUUUUGGGAGUGCAAAGCCAACGGGAAACCAAAACCCUCGUACAGCUGGCUGAAGAAUGGAGAAACUCUUAUAUCUGAGGGCCGAGUGCAAAUAGAAAACGGUGCUCUCUCCAUCUCCUCGCUAAACCUCUCAGAUUGCGGGAUGUAUCAGUGUGUGGCGGAGAACAAGCACGGCAUCAUUUAUUCUAGCACCGAACUGAUGGUGCUUGCCUCUGCUCCCAGCUUCUCCCAGAAUCCUUUGAGCCGAGUGCUUAAGGCUCGCUCGGGUAGUGACGUUAGCCUAGAUUGCCGGCCACAUGCUUCGCCCAGAGCCAUUAGCCUGUGGAAAAGAGGGACUGAGAUACUGCAAAGAAGUAAAAGGAUUUCUCUCUUCCCCAAUGGGACUCUUAAGAUUGCCAACGUAACUAAGCGAGAUGGAGGUAGUUACACAUGUAUCGCUAAAAACCAGUUUGGCACAGCUAGCACAACAGGAAGACUGAUCAUCACAGAGCCCACGAGGAUCAGGCAGGGCCCCAGCAGCACAGAGAUCACGGUGGGUGAGAGCAUCGUGCUGCCCUGCCAGGUGACUGCCGAUCCAGCCUUGGACGUGGCCUUCUUCUGGGCCUUCAACGGUCAGCCCAUUGAUUUCCAUCAAGACGCCGACCACUUCGAGCGAGUGGGAGGGAGCUUUUCCGGUGAUCUUAUGAUUAGAAACAUCCAGCUUAAUCAUGGUGGGAAAUACGUUUGCCUCAUCGACACAGAUGUCGAGAGCUUGUCUGCUGACGCAAUAUUGGUUGUUAAAGUUCCUGAGGCGAUCAAUGGGAACACUCUGACUGCAACUGUGGUGGGUUUGAACGCUUGGGUGGAAUAUGAGUUCAGAGUGCUGGCCAGUAACAGUGUCGGGAUGGGAGAGCCCAGUCCACCUUCUACCAAAAUCAGAACAGAAGAUGCUAUGCCUGACACGGCUCCCACUGAUGUCGGAGGCGGAGGAGGUACCAAAUCGGAAUUAGUGAUAACAUGGGAGCCUGUUCCAGAGGAGUUGCAGAAUGGAGAGGGCUUCGGUUAUAUCAUCGCUUUUCGGUCAGUGGGCUUGGUCACUUGGACCCGUGCCGUGAUCUCGGCGCCCAGCGUCACCCGCUACGUUUUCCGCAAUGACACCAUCCCACCGUUCUCACCAUUCAAUGUCAAAGUGGGAGCGUUCAACAACCGUGGGGAAGGACCUUUCAGCAGCAUUGCAACAGUGUUUUCCGCAGAGGAAGUGCCGAGCGUAGCGCCAGAGAGAGUGUCAGCAAAAAGUCUGUCAGCGGCUGACAUCGAAGUUACCUGGGAGCCGACUGCGUUGACCCCUGAAAGAGUUCUCGGAUAUGAGGUGGUGUACUGGGAAGAUGACACCAAGCCGGAUACGGUGGGUAAAGUGCGGAUCACUGGAAACUACACAGCAGUAAAUGUCAGUGGCCUGCAGGGGAACACUCAGUAUUAUCUAGCGGUGUGUGCCUUCAAUACAGCAGGAACUGGCCCCCAGUCUGUACCUGUCAAUGUUACCACCAAAAAGCCACCACCUGGACAACCCCCUCAGAACGUAGAGUGGAAUCUGAUUGGCUCUCAGCUCGUGCUGCAGUGGGAUCCCGUCAUCGCUCUCGAAACUGAAUCUGAGGUCACGGGAUACAUAGUGCUGUACAGAAGACGCCGGAAUAAUGACAUGUACUCCAUCAUCACCAACAAAACCUCGGUUGAGUUGACCCUCAAUCUGAACGACAACUACGUCAUUCAGAUCAAGACCCUCAGUGAAGGGGGCUUGGGGGAAGGAAGCGAGCCCAUCCACAUCCACCAACUCAGCAUGGGUGCCCGUGGAUCCAGAGCAGGAAGGCUGUGCACACUUUCUCUCUCUCCGCUCCUCAUUUGCGCUCUGUCGACGCUCAGUGCCUCCUGAUGUUUGCCUCCCAAGAGCACCAGACCCAGCCGCACCAAGAAAAACAUACUUUCUGCUCUUUGCUCAUACAAGGCUUAUGUUUCCCAUCACAAUCUGACCAGAUGGGAUUCUCCAGCUCCAGCAACAUGUAUGGAAAAAAGCCUGAUAUUGAAAUGUCAUGGGAAAUGUUAAGGAAUGCAUCAUUAGUAAACAUGGCAGAGCCCUGCUAGAGAGUCAUUAGGGUUUUUGGGAUGAUCUAGAGUA